AUCAUGGCCAAGCGUGAGGGGGAGUGGGUGGGUGCUGGCCGCAGACGUCCGCAGACUCUGCUGCUGGGAGCAACUUCUCGUUCUUCGCUCCGCUGCUGCCACUCUUAAGAGGAGUGAGGAUGUUGGAGGCGGCGGCGCUGGUGGUGCUGGUGCUGGUGGUCACCGUCCGUGUGGUGUACCGAUGGCUCUCCGGCCGCUGCAACUCCUCCACCACGCUAGACGGCAAGACUGUCAUCAUCACCGGCGCUUCUGCAGGGAUAGGGAAGGAGACGGCCAAGGACCUGGCAGGACGUGGGGCGAGGGUCAUCAUGGCCUGCAGGAACGUGGAGAAGGCUGACAAAGUGGCAACUGAGAUCCGGGUAGCGACCAACUACCGCGGGGAGGUUGAGGUCCGCAGACUUGACACUUCCGACCUCGCCUCCGUCAGAGAGUUCGCUAGGAAGAUCCUCGAAAACGAGAAGUCCCUCCACAUCUUGAUCAACAACGCUGGGAUCAUGGGUCCACCCAGACGAGAGGUCACCGCGGACGGCCUGGAGCUCACCAUGGCUACCAACCACUACGGCCACUUCCUCCUCACCAACCUCCUGCUGGGUCUCCUGAAGAAGAGCGCCCCGAGCCGAAUCAUCAACGUCACCUCCGACAGCCACGACUACGUCAGUAGACUCAACCCGGACAGUCUCAACUUCGAGCGGGACGACUACACCUCCAUGACGGCUUACGGCCAGAGCAAGCUCUGUAACAUCCUCUUCACCCUCGACCUCACCAGCAAGCUCCAGGGCACAGGUGUGACAGCCAACAGUGUCCAUCCCGGGUGUGUGUCCACGGAGAUAUUCUACAAAGGUCAAGUGACCUUAUUCGCUUGGGUGUGCGGCAAGCUCUUCUAUCUGAUGGGCAAGGACGCCAAGCUUGGAGCUCAACCUGUGAUUUACCUGGCAGUGUCGGAGGAGGUCGAGGACGUCUCCGGUCACUACUUCGUUGACUGCAAGGACACCCCGACGACGGAGCUGGCGCAGCAGAGGAAGCUGGCGCGGCACCUCUGGGAAGCUAGCGAGGUCGACGUCAAGCUUCAGCCCCACGAGAGGUUCUACUAAACUACGACACUUCAUAUUGAGAUACGUUGCAAUAGGAGACAUGUGUUGGUGAGAAAUGCUAGUAAGGGGCAAAGCUAGGUGAGAAAUGCUGUAUAGGAAACAUUUAAACAGCUAGAUACUACUAAGCACAAGUGAGGGAGGGGUUUUGCUACUGAGAAAACUUGGAAAGUUCAGGAAAAACUCCCCAACUCUAAGAAAUCUUCCUAGUGAGGAACUCUUCAAUUUUGACAAGAAAAAAGUAGUAAGGCUUUACUCGUUUCAAGGAUUCUAAGCCUUACUCGUCCUUACGACAGGAUUAUUUAUUAAUUGGUGAGACGAUAAAGAAAGUAUGAAUUUCCUUCGUCAUUAAGAAGUUGAAGAUAUGAAAGAAAAUUAGACGAUGGAAAAAAGCCUGAAACAUAACGACUCAGAUUUUCCUUGGAUACAAAAAACCUCUUGAGGUUGAACAGUGCAUAAUAAGAUACACCAUGACGGAAAAAUAUGAUAAAAUAUGUUGACAUUCGGCUGGUGAAGAAUAUUAAGAAAGGAAACAGGAAGGGAAAGAAGAAGUGAAAGAAGAAGAAGGGAAAGAAGGAGACAAAGUAAAUAAUAAGAGCCUCGGUUCUUCAUGGUUUUACCAUUAUGUAUAAAGCCAAAUAUUCUCCAGGUUCUCCGCCAAUCCCAACUUUCUGAACACCCUGAAGGCUGUAUUUAUACAAGAUGAUGGCCCAUCUGCGGUCUAUACAACAAGAUGGUCCCUGUCUGCGGUCUAUACAACAAGAUGGUCUCCUGUCUGUAGUUUAUACAACAAAAUUUAGAUACCCGAGCACAUGAAUGCUCUGGCUGUGUUGUGUUGACAGAUGACUCCACCUUCACUGUGUACUAAUAUAAAUGUCACUUAACAUUAAAUAAAAGAUACAAGUAUGUGGUAAUGGUAUGAUCAAGCAAACAACAGGGCCAUACUUCCUGGUGAGCCAAGAAAAUGGUUCUUAGCUUGUAUAAUGCAUGGUAGGAACUCUCCUUAUUCGUGUAGAGCACUUUAGUGCUAGUGAAUAAAUAGGAAGAAAUUGGAAAUAGAAGUCCAUAAUUAUAGUUACUUAAUUUCUUCUCUCUUCCAGUAUCAUCAGUUUCUACUGUACCCUCUUAGUCUACGCACGCUGUUUGUAAAUAUCAUUGUUUACAACAUUUAUCAAUAAAUGUUUUGGUUUACCCUUGCAAUUAUUUUUGACAAAUGUCUUCAUGCACUGUGGCAGUUCCAUAUGUUCACGCUUGCUAUUCUCUGCAAAAGAUGGCUGGCUUACCUCUACUACACCUGUAAACUAUCUAAAUUUCUAUACAAUAUAACUUCCGGGCGUUAAUUGGCUUAAGGCAGGAGAAAGUGCAAAGGCAAUAUGACUACUGGAAGGGAUACGAGGAAGGAGGGAAGGAAUAGUGCCCAACCACUUUAGGUAUCAGGGAUCGAACGCCAUCCCAGCAAGAAGCGCACUCAACCCGAAAGACUCUCGGGUUAGUUAGUGUAGUUAGCGAGAGGCUGGUGAGUUAGCGAGACUAGUCUCCACACCAGGUAAACUGUUGUUCAUGCUAGUCUCAUUUGUGGAAACUUAUUUACGAAAGAUAGAAUACAUUAGCAUCAUUAACAGUCUAACACGCAUAGGCAGAAGUUGUCACAUUAACCAACUGCCCAUUACAAGUUUGUUCUGUUAAUACUCGGUGUUCGUUCAUAGCAACAUAUGGUAUACGGUUAUGUAUUUCACAAAAAGUUAAAAAAAUAAAAAAAUAAGUAAAGAAUU